AUGUCGGACUGGUGUAACAGCGAUACCGGGGAGGCUGUCUACCGGUCUCUUGAUGCUAUCAAGAAUCUAAGAAUAAGGGUGUCCUUAGAGAGGGUGACCACAACAGCAUCUCUCUCCCAGCAACUCCAGCAACAGGUUCUGUCUCAGCAAGAUGGUGGAGUCCUUGAACUGGUACCUCUCAGCUCACAACCCCAGCUUGGUGAUGCAGAAGAGGUUGUCACUGUUGGCUGGCAGGAGAAACUUUUUAGUCAGUAUGAGAUGGAGCUGUUCCAAAACGAGAUGGCGUGCCAGAGCCCGCUGGACAGGCAGUACCACAAAGAGGUCAUGGCCCUGACCAAAGCCAAAGGUCGGCAAAACUGCAGGAUUUUUACCUACACGGAUUACGAUCGCUACUCUUGUCCGGUCCAGCAGCUGACACAAGGAAAUGAUUUACUCAGCACAACAAGGUCAAAACCUACCUUCCUGGCUGAAAGGAUGGCCACCUUGCGACACAGAAGGCAGGACCGACGAACCAUGGACUCCAGUUUUCCCAAAUCCAAGAUCAUUAACUGGGAGCCAAGCGAUGAGUUCAAAAAGAACAGCCAUGAAGUGAACAGUGUCAUGCAGGUUAUGCACAUCAUGGGAGACCUGGGGCCUUCUGGAGGGUUGGGCCAAAAGCAGAACGAAUUCAUGCUGUUUACCGUAAAAACAGACGGCAACGGAACCGUCAUCGUAAAACCCGACUUCAACAAGGGCAAAGAGCCCUACAGGAUAGCAACCACUGGUACCAUCAAAGAAAUCUGGCAUCUCACCAUCGAAAAUGUAUCGUCAACUAUGAAAUCUGAGGAGAAAGAUAGAGAAGAGCACUUGUACAAAGAUCUCUACGUGAGGAACAAGGAGUUCCCAAAUAGUCUCGUCGGACAGGAGUUUGAAAUGCCUCCUUCGGGUGUACUGCGCUACCUGAUGAAUGGCGAGAUCGUGUCUGCAAGAGGCUUUGAAUAUGAUAACUUAUAUGUUCACUUUAUAAUGGAGCUGGCAAACAACUGGUCGAGUUUGCCAACGCAGGUCCACUAUGGAGUCACUCACACUUCUCGGACCAAGUCAAUAGGGAAGGACAAUGUGGCGUAUUUCGGUUACCCCUUCACCUUUGAGGCAUUCUACAUGAGUGAAAAAGAAAGUGAGGACUCAAUUCUCCAGUGGCCGGUGUUGUAUUUCAAGGUUCUCUCACUGGACUCGUGGCAGCGAUAUCGAACUGAAGGCUACGGCUAUCUGCUAUUUCCCUCCACGCCUGGUAAACACACACUGACAUGCCACACAUGGAGACCUCUUCAGACGGGGACAGUCUCGGCAUUAAGGCGCUUUUUCAUUGGGGGUUCCCCAGAACUGGAGGACCACAGCUAUGUAAGGAUACCAGGGAAUUUCAAGGGAGAGAGGCUAAGUCGUUUUGGAUUUCAUACCGCAACUUCGGGAUGUGUGACUUUUAAUCUUCACUGCAUCCAACAAUCCAGGGGUUGGGUGAAUUCCACUACCUUUAGGAAAAGGCAUCAGAACACUUUUGACCAAGCCCAAGGAUUCAGUCAUCACGAGAGUCUCUUAAGCACCAUGGAGGCAUUUCAACGGGCCAGAAGAAAAAUGCAAGAAGUCCGAGAAAGUCUUCCCAUGGAGUUCAUUACCUCAGUCUCCCAAAUGCAAAUAUGA